AUUUGCAAAUUAUUCAAAUACGCGUACCCGUGAUUACACUCUCUCCCAAUGCGGCAUUUUACGUAGUUUUUGUUCUAAAUUAUUCCACUAUGAUGGAAGAUGAAGUCGAAGACAUCGUAGGUGACGUGCAGUAUACAGAUUCUCAAAAAAGUGUAACCACAUUGGGCACGUAUUCCCAGGACUUCACAGACAGCAGUCCAGAGAGAAACGACUCAUCUGGAAAGCAGACAUACGUACUAGAUCGCGAUGACAGCGACGACAGUGGAUCAACCUUUAGGGUAAACAGAGAACAAAGCGUGAUUAACUUGUAUGAAGCAAUGUCUCCACCUCCAGAUAUGCAACAACUUUUAUAUGAUGAAAUCAAUAAAUCAAUUCGUUCAAAUUUUAAAAGACAUACCUUCACCCACGAAUUCACGCAAACUAGUAAAACUAUAAUUGAACUGGCUCAAACUGAAGUUAUCGUUGUAACCAAACCAAAGCAAACUAAUUCUCUGGAGACACAAACAUCAUUUGUGUCACUAACCGAACACAAAACAAUGGAUUACAAGAGAAUAAUAGUUAACGAUUGUAUUCCUAAUAAAAAUGAAGUCAUACACAAUGUUAUUGAGGAUAUGAAUCAUAUAAAGAAAUUGUUUUUAAAUCAAAAUCCAGACACGUAUGUUAAAAAUCUAAUUGUUACAGAAGUUCAAAGUUCACAUAAUGACACUAAUGAGCAAAUUUUAGCAGUUGAAAAUUUAGUCCAAGCUUACGAAGAUAAAGAUUUAGGAAAUAAAACAGGAAUUCAUAGCGAACACAGUUUUGAAGAUCGAAUCAUACCAUUCAUAGAUGACGAAUCAAAAGAUAGUGGGGAUCAAAAAGAGGCAAAUGAAACUAACAGUGAAUUUGAGUCAUCUAAAUACGAUUCCGAUAUCGAUGAAGACUCUUUGAUGGAAACUGAAUAUCGUAGUAGUAGGAGGAUUAAUGGGGAUAACGCCAGUGACACGAGUGAGAUGCAAAUAUCAAUAGAUAACGAUGUAGACGAAUUGUACAAUAAGUUGUCCGAAAGUCCACUUUGGAGGUCCCCAGAAGUUAAUAUAGAACCGUGCGCGCUUAAAUUUGGUACACUCACGCCACUUUCUGAGGAAACUUCAUUGCAAAAGAGCUGCUUGGAUAAGACAACCAGUUCUCAAACUCUAAUGGAGCCCACUAAAGAUACUGACAAUGAAACAGUAUUUGUUCACAACGAUGGCGUAAAAGUUAAGAUAUUCUCAAACAGUGGAGAUGUUAGAGCAACAGAAAAAUUCAAGUUACCGCCUAUUCCUAAUACAUCCUGCCCUAAUAGUCCACAUCUGAACUUUUUAUUUACGAUAAACACUAAUCCGAUGCCUCUGGUGAAAGCUGGAACCUUGCCUCACCUGUUUGAAGGUCGUAAAAAGGAUAGCUGGCAGAACUGUGGGACGGUGUUAGCGUCUGGUGAGAGUCCACUUAUAACUGGAAGAAGUGAUAUCCUCGCAGAUCCUGUCAAAACACCAAGAGAAUCUAUGUACUUACCACCGAUCCACAUGGAGGGUGCCAUUUACCACAACACAAACAAGCCAACACACUUUGUGACGCCCCACCAGACCAUACCCUCCCCUGAGACAACGCAGGAUGCGAUCAGCAUCCAGGGCAAGAUCAGAGAGCUCAAGGCGAUGACCAACAAUAAGACAAGGUCUAGCUCCGAGAACAGGAAUCGUUCGCCAGCUAGUAGUUCAUCACGCCCGGAGAAGUUAUAUGAGGUCGCUGAGAGAGGUUGUGACAACCUUUGCGUGGAACUUCUUCGGAGACUUCGAUCCCCGUCGUGGAUAGAAGUUGUAGAGACCUUGGAAGACCUACCCAGGUCACUUGAAAAGUAUUGGACUGUUGUGACAUUACAUCGAAUUGCUGAGCUGUUAAGACAGGUGACGGUGCAUAUAGAUUCCCCGCGGACGCAAGUCGCUCGCUCAGCUUGCAACGCACUCGCUGAAAUACUUAAAAACACGAAUUAUACACGAAAACCGGAUUUCUACGAGAGUGUAUCGGCGCUUCUGUGCAAGACCGGUAGCUUCAGCCGGCCGGUGCGCCGCGCCGCCAACGUGGCGCUCGACGACAUCGCGUGCGGCGUGGACGCCACGCACGCUGCCACCGCCGUCUGCGUGUACGGCGUCGGGCACAAGAGCGCCCUGGUGCGUUGUGCGUCAGCACGCCUACUGGUCGUGUGCUGCGCGCUGGCGGAGGGCGGGCGGCGUAUUCUGCGCGCGCGCCCGCCCUCCGCCGCCGCCGCGCGGAGACUCGUGCUGCGCGCCCUCGCACAGCUGUUGCAAGACAAGAAUAUUGACACACGAAAAUACGCGGAACGCCUGUACACAAUCCUCCGGCCGUUGCCGACGUUCGAGGCCUACUUCCUCACCGAUGUAGACGUGGAGCUGGCGGCGCGCCAGAUGAAGAAGUACGACCCGAUGCUGGUGCCGAGCAAGCGAGACAGUGCGACGUCACUAUCCAUCUUUAGCUGAGUACACGCCGGCAUCCAAGGAAUGUACAGCACUCCAUAUUACACAAGGUUCAAAACAAAAAACUACAAGUUCCGAGCAACUAAAUAUCGUCAUCUCAUCGACUUUAUUUCAACCGAUGUGCCCUUGUGUUUAAUGGGACUUGAAAUUUGAAAAAUGUUUUAAUAGAAACACAGAACGAUGUUUUAAUCAAAAUUUACUGGUAAAUUAAAACCGUUUCCGAGGCCCGCAAUUUCCACCCGUUUCGGUCUUCAUAAGGUGACUCUUAGCGAUUGGUAUUGUCUUUUCUUUUAGUAAAGUUAUUGAAAAUCAAUAAAUGCAGACUCAAUAGCACACUCUUUAACCGACUUCAAAAACGGAGGCAGUAUAAAGAUAAAGCCUUUAUUCCACACAAUCAUAACAGAAAGCGAGAAAUAAAUUUAAAAUAAUACUUGACGAAUGAAAUAAACAAUGCACAAAUACGGUUUUCGUUGUAAGCUAUCUUAUGAGGAGGGGGAUGGAAAAGGUUCGACAAUGCGGUUGGAUUUUUUAUUUCAUUUAUUUACCUCAGAGAUUUCAUUAAACUUAUUUAAAAAAAAAAAGGUAUUAUUUGAAAGGUUUAAACCCUUGAAUUCGUCUAACACAUGUAUAACAGAUAUCCAAGUCACUGAAAUCUAUUUGUAUAUAUCGAUUAGAUUGCAUUAGUCAGUUUUCCCAUAAUCUUAUUAUUCUACCGUUUUACAUACAUCUAACUAAAUUUAAAAACCAAAAAAAAAUUGGGCCAUUUUUUUUGUCAUUAGAACACCUGGACCUAAAUUUAAGUAGUUCGAUUUGAAUUCAAUAUCUAUAGUAUAUAUGUUCAGAAGUUUUCGAAUCCCUGAUCGAACAUCUCAUAAGCUCCUAAGCUAAUAAGCGAGAUCCUAAGCUCUGUAGUCUGAUCAAUCUAUUCACCCUGUUUAUUCUGUAUAGGUAGGUACACUGAUAUUAGGU